AUGGCAGCCAUGGAUUUCCCUCAACACAGCCAGCACGUCUUGGAGCAGCUGAACCAGCAGCGGCAGCAGGGGCUUUUGUGUGACUGCACUUUUGUGGUGGACGGUGUUGAUUUUAAGGCCCAUAAAGCAGUGCUGGCCGCCUGCAGCGAGUACUUCAAGAUGCUCUUCGUGGACCAGAAGGAUGUGGUGCAACUGGACAUCAGUAACGCAGCAGAUGCGGAAACUGAGACCCAAAGAGGUCAGGUGACUGGCCUGGAGGUCAGCGAGAGAGUUUGUGGCAGAGCGCCGAUGACAGUCAUUACUAUCACUUUGGUUGGAUUGCCUUCUGGCGGCCUGGGGCAGGUACUGGAAUUUAUUUACACGGCCAAGCUCAGCCUGAGCUCCGAGAAUGUGGACGAUGUGCUGGCUGUGGCCAGCUUCCUGCAGAUGCAAGACAUCAUCACGGCCUGCCAUGCCCUCAAGUCACUUGCCAAGCCGGCCACGAGCCCUGGGGAGAAUACGGAGGCCGUGGCCAUGGAAGGAGGGGACAGGAGAGCCAAAGAGAAGGCUGUGGCCACCACGCUGAGUGAGCGGAACCCUGCUGGAGGCAGUCCACCCAGGGGCCCGGGCCGGGACCCCAAGGAGGAACGAGGCGGGCAGGCAGAGAGUGCGGCCAGCGGUGCAGAGCAGACGGAGAAGGCCGAUGCCCCCCGGGAGCCACCGCCAGCAGAGCCCAAGCCCGACCCCACCGGUGGCAUGGCUGCUGCUGAGGCCGAGGCCGCCUUGUCGGAGAGCUCAGAGCAAGAAAUGCAGGUGGAGCCGGCCAGGAAAGGAGAAGAGGGAGAGGAGGACGCCAUGCCUUCUGGCGUCAAGGAAGAAGGGCCGCACCUGGACAAGGGGGAUGCCCCCGAGGAGAGCGAGGAGUCGGCCAGCACGGACUCGGGCCAGGAGCUGGGCGCAGAGGCCCGGGGCCUGCGCCCAAGCACCUAUGGCGACCGUACCGAGUCCAAGGCCUACGGCUCCAUCAUCCACAAAUGCGAGGACUGUGGGAAGGAGUUCACACACACGGGCAACUUCAAGCGGCACAUCCGCAUCCACACAGGCGAGAAGCCCUUCUCGUGCCGGGAGUGCAGCAAGGCCUUCUCCGACCCCGCCGCCUGCAAGGCCCACGAGAAGACGCACAGCCCGCUGAAGCCCUACGGCUGCGAGGAGUGCGGCAAGAGCUACCGGCUCAUCAGCCUGCUGAACCUGCACAAGAAGCGGCACUCGGGCGAGGCGCGCUACCGCUGCGAGGACUGCGGCAAGCUCUUCACCACGUCCGGCAACCUCAAGCGGCACCAGCUGGUGCACAGCGGCGAGAAGCCCUACCAGUGCGACUACUGCGGCCGCUCCUUCUCCGACCCCACCUCCAAGAUGCGCCACCUGGAGACUCACGACACUGACAAGGAGCACAAGUGCCCUCAUUGUGACAAGAAGUUCAACCAGGUGGGGAACCUGAAGGCCCACCUGAAGAUCCACAUCGCGGACGGGCCCCUCAAGUGCCGGGAGUGCGGGAAGCAGUUCACCACCUCAGGGAACCUAAAGCGGCACCUUCGGAUCCAUAGCGGGGAGAAACCCUACGUGUGCAACCACUGCCAGCGGCAGUUCGCUGACCCCGGCGCCCUGCAGCGGCACGUCCGCAUCCACACGGGCGAGAAGCCAUGCCAGUGCGUGAUGUGCGGCAAAGCCUUCACCCAGGCCAGCUCCCUCAUCGCCCACGUGCGCCAGCACACUGGGGAGAAGCCCUACGUCUGCGAGCGCUGCGGCAAGAGAUUUGUCCAGUCCAGCCAGCUGGCCAAUCACAUUCGCCACCAUGACAACAUCCGCCCCCACAAGUGCAGUGUGUGCAGCAAGGCCUUCGUGAACGUGGGGGACCUAUCCAAACACAUCAUCAUCCACACUGGAGAGAAGCCUUACCUUUGUGACAAGUGCGGUCGCGGCUUCAACCGGGUGGACAACCUUCGUUCCCAUGUGAAGACUGUGCACCAGGGCAAGGCAGGCAUCAAAAUCCUGGAGCCAGAGGAGGGUGGUGAGGUCAGCGUAGUCACUGUGGAUGACAUGGUUACGCUGGCCACCGAGGCACUGGCGGCAACAGCCGUCACUCAGCUCACAGUAGUACCAGUGGGGGCUGCAGUGACUGCUGACGAGACGGAAGUGCUUAAAGCCGAGAUCAGCAAAGCUGUGAAGCAAGUGCAGGAAGAAGACCCCAACACUCAUAUCCUCUAUGCCUGUGACUCCUGUGGGGACAAGUUCCUGGAUGCCAACAGCCUGGCCCAGCAUGUGCGGAUCCACACAGCACAGGCACUGGUCAUGUUCCAGACGGAUUCGGACAUCUGCUACCAGCAGUACGGGUCAGGCAGCACGUGGUCGGCCGGGCAGGUGUUGCAGACUGGGGAACUGGUCUUCCGCCCUCGGGAUGGGACUGAUGGCCAGCCUGCUCUGGCAGAGACACCCCACUCAGCCCCAGAAUGCCCACCGCCUGCUGAGUGA